UAAUGUUCAAAAGACACCGCCUACCGCCAUUCACUUUUUUUCUAAGGAAUGCAUAAAUAAAGUAUGUUGUGGGUGAACGACGUGCGUUUUUAGAGAUACAGUGCAAGUUGUGUGGACGUUUUUUGGGCGCCUUUCCAGCGCCCAUGUGUUACAAUGUCGGAGGGACUGGGGCUGUCGACGAUGUUUCAAGAAGGAUACGAACAACAACAAGAAGAACCACCACCUGAAGACCUGGGAAAACCCAUAUCGGACGAUGAGGCCGAGGAAAUCUCCGUCCUAGUUCAAAGUGAGCAAUACCAGGAGUACGAGUACGAGUUUGAAUGUGACGAAGAUGGAGAAUGGCAGCCUCUGGUCUCCAAAAGACUUUGGGAGGAGGAAGAGGAGGAUGAUGAUGGGGACCGGUAUGAAGAUGAUGCUGAUGCUGAUUACGUGGCCGUGAAGAGGGGACGUGGCACUGCUUCUGCCCGACCAAGAGGUCGAGGAGGGAGAGGGGGAGGGAGAGGAGGAAGAGGGGGAAGUCGAGGCGGAAGUCGAAGCAGAGGUAGAGGGGGAGGAAGAGGAGGAGGAAGGGCAAGAGGUAUCAGCCGAGGAAGAGGAGGAGGAGGAAGGGGGAGAGGCAUAAGCCGAGGAGGAGGAGGAGGAGGAGGCCGAGGCAGAGGCAUCAAAAGACGUCGGGAAGAGGAGGACGGAGACGAUGAUGAAAAGGAGGAGAGUGAUAAUGACGUGGGAGUGAAGAGGGCGCGUGGUGGGUGGGCUGCAGCACGACGAAGAGGGGGAGGCCGAGGCCGAGGAUGGAGCAGAGGAGGCGGAAGAGGCCGAGGGGGAGGCCGAGGAAGAGGUGUCAGUGGCAGACCGUCUCCAAAAAGACGGCGGAAGGAGGAGGAGGAGGACGGGGAUGCCGAUGAAGAGGAGGAGGAGAGUGAUGAAGAGAAAGAAGAGGAGAGCGAUGAAGAGAAAGAAGAGAGCGAAGAAGAGAAAGAGGAGGAGGAGGAGGAGGACCCUAUGGUGGCAGCAGUGAAGAGAGCGUUUGCGGCAGCGGCAGAACCAAGAGGCCGUGGGGGGAGAUGGGGAGGAAGAGGACGAGGAGUCAGCCGGGCAGGAGGAAGAGGAAGAGGAGUAAGCCGAGGAAGAGGAAUAAGCAUUAGAGCCCUAAGCAGAGGAAGAGGCUUUAGCCGAGGAAUCGGAAGAAGCAUAAGCAUCAUCCGACGAAGAGGAAGUGGAUUAAUCGUGAGCCGAGGAAGAGGCGUAAGUCGUGGAAGAGGCAGAGACUCAAGUCAAGAAACGGGCAGAGACGAAAGCCAAGAGUCUGGCAGAGGAAGAAGCACAAGUCAAGAAAUGGGCAGAGGAAGAGGAAGAGGCGGAAGGGGAGGACGAGGAAGAGGAGGUCGAGGGGGAGGAAGAGGAAGUCGAAGAGGCAGAUGGAUGAAUGCUGAAAUGUCAGGAGACGACGUAGAAGAAGAAGAAGAGCAAUCCAGUGACCAAGACAUAGACGUCAUAAGCCAAGGAACGGGAAGAGGAAGGGGAAGAGGAAGAGGCGGAAGGGGAGGCCGAGGAAGAGGAAGUCGAGGGGGAGGAAGAGGAAGUCGAAGAGGUAGAUCGAUAAAUGGCGUAUCGUUAUCAGAAGACGACGUAAAAGAACAAGCUGAGGGACCCAAAGACCAAGGCACACACGUCAUAUGCCAAGUAACUGGUAGAGUCAGAACCAGGGCUGGAAGAUGGGGAAGAGGCGGAAGGGGAAGUCGAGGCAGCUGGAUAGGUCUGGGAAGAGGAAGAGGCGGAAGGGGAAGUCGAGGCAGCUGGAUAGGUCUGGGAAGAGGAAGAGGAAGAGGAGGAAGUCGAUGGAGAGGAAAAAUGCCAGAGGACGAAGAAGCUGAGAAACCCAAAGAAGACACCGACGCCGUAAGCCAAGAAACAGGUAGACGAAGAGCCAGGGGAGGAAGAGGAGGAAGGGGAGGGAGAGGCAGCGGGAGAGGUCUGGGAAGAGGAAGAGGAGGAAAUGGAUGGAGAGGAAGAGGCAGAUCGAUGAAUGGUGAAAUUCUUAAGGAUGACGUGGAAGAAGACGCUGAGAAACCCAAAGAAGACACUGACGCCGUGAGACUAAGAACCAGGGGAGGAAGAGGCGGAAGAGGAGGGAGAGGCAGCGGGAAAGGUCUGGGAAGAGGAAGAGGAGGAAGUCAAUCGACACGAAGAGGAAGAUCGAUGACUGUUGAAGUGCCCAAGGAUGACGUAGAAGAAGAGGCCAAGAAAGACAAAGACACUAACGCCGUAAGCCCAGGAAGAGGGAGAAGAAGAACCUGGGGAGGAAGAGGAGGAAGGGGACGGGGAGGGAGAGGAAGAUCGACAUCGUCCACUGGCAUUUCGCCAUUCAUCGAAGUGGAAGCUGAGAAAUCCAAAGAUGAAGUCACCGACGCUGUAAGCCAUGAAGGAGGAAGACGAAGAACCAGGGGAGGGAGAGGAAGAUCGAUGGAUGUGUCUUUGAUGUCUCUAAUGAAUGUGUCUUCUGCCAUUUCACCCGACGGCCUGAAAAAUGAAGUAGCAGGAGCAGGAGAAGGACAAAAACCAGAAGAGGCUGCAGAAGACCCGCUGGAUGAAUCGUUCUACAUAUCUGAGAGCGAGGAUUCUGGAGACGAUUUAUUGAUAUUUGAUGACAACCCAGACUUAGAGUGCAGGUUGCCCAGAUUGGAGGUAGCGCUGCAUAGGUUGCCGCCGGUAACGGAACCUUUAGACUGGAGGAAGGUGCCUCAGGUGCCCCCUCAUCGGACUUCACUGGAUGGAUCCACGUUUCCUCUUUCGCCACGCGGUAACUCGACCAAUCAUCGGGGUAGAUCGCACACAGUGUUACCCAAUCAGAGUGCCCGAUCCGACCACCGUGGUAUCCACGUCACUCCCCUUAAGGUGAGAUUCGGCAGCGAUGACGGCGGUGACUCAGACGACCAAGACGAGGAGGAAACCUGGAGCCCGACACGGCUCUUAGCACCACUCUCAGACGAGGAGUGCGACUUAAGGGACGACGCUGCAGAGGAGGUUUCUCGUCCCUCACAUCCCGUCAUCACCAUCCCUCCUUUAAAAUUGGUCUUAGAGCGGAAGUCCAACCUCAAGAAGACGCCAGAAGAGGAUCCAGCUUGGAGCAUCACUCCUUUAAACAUGGACCCGGAUUCAGCGUGGAUUAUGGAGGAGAUGGAGAAGACGACUGACCAAGAGAAGUCAGAUGGGGAUGUUAUCACAAUUCCUGAUCUGGAUUCGAUGUGGAUUAUGGAGGAGAUGGAGACAACGACUGACCAAGAGAAGCCUUUAGAUGGGGCUCGACCAACGGCCGUAUCCAGCCGCUCGGAGGCCAGUGCCAUGCCAGACGACUUGGACAGGAAGAGGGACAGCAGUGACGUGCAGGACGAAUGCAUAAAUGGCGAGUGGCAUCGGCAGAUGGAGGACUGGAGGCCGCGCCACAUCCCCUUCACCGCCACCCCCGGCCCUCGAGGCUUCGCCGCUCGACUGACGGCCGACCGGCCUCGCAACUUUGUCGACCUGAUCAUCACCAACCAACUGCUGUAUAGAAUCGCAGAGCAAACCAACCUCUACGCCAGGCAAACGAACGUGGCCGGAAUCCGGUCCAAGGUGUACCCUUGGAAAGACGUGACCGUGCCGGAGCUCAGGCGGUUUUUGGGCCUCCUCUUUCUGACUGGCAUCGUCAAAAAGCCGUCGUUGGCUAGCUACUGGUCGACCGACGAGCUGCUGAGCACGCCCUACUUCGCCAAAACGAUGACGCGAAGUCGCUACGAACUGAUUUGGAAGUUUUUGCACUUCAGCAGCACUCAACGUCGUGACGUCGACGGCAUGCACAAGGUGCGACCCAUCAUGGAUUCUAUCCUGUCGAAGUUUGGCAUGUUUUACCAGCCCGACGCCAACAUCUGCAUCGACGAGGGCGAGAUGACUUGGCGCAGCGGACGCGUCGCCUUUCGCGUCUGCAACCCCCGCCGGAAUGAGAAGCCGACCGCGCAGGCGGUGAAAUCGUACUUCCUCUGCGACUCCGCGACGGGAUACUGUUUAGGGAUGAAGCCCUUCUGUGGGGAAGCAGCGGGAAGCGGAGACUUGGGGGACACAGUGGUCUCCCUCCUCGGGAGGUUGGCGGGCCACGGCUACAAGCUUUACACGGACAACAUCCGCAACUCCGUGGCGCUCGCCGAGCGUCUCCUGCGGCUUAACACCCACGUCUGCGGCACGCUGAGGAGGAACAGCCCGGGGGAACCGGAGGCCAUCGCCCGCCUCGUCGACGCCGACUCCGACCUGGGGCCGAUCGGGUGCAUGGCGCUGCACAACAACGCGGUCAUGGUGUUGGCGUGGAAGGACAGGAAGAAGCUCGUGAGGAUGAUGUCCAGCCACCACAGGGAUGAGAUGCAGCGUGAGAUGACAUCACCACUCAGGCCCAGCCCUCGGCCGAAAGAUGGCGGCGGCGGCGGCGACAAACGUCCACCACACGCCACCACGCACGGCCCACCACGCAGACCCAAGUGCGUAGCGGACUACCACAACGCGAUGAGCGGAGUCGACCGGCUCGAUCGGAACCUAGCCUUCUACCCGUGCAUCGGCGAGACGGCCAAGUGGACCAAGAAGUUCAUGGUGUACCUGUUUCAGAUCAGCCUGUUCAACGCCUUCGUCCUGUACCGCGCCAGACACCCCCUGGGGGAGCACGGGGACAGCUUCCUGUCGUUUCUAACCAGCGUGGCGCGCUCAUAUACGCAAGAGGAUCUUGAGGAGAGACACACACACAGCUUCCUGUCGUUUCUAACCAGCGUGGCCCGCUCACAUACGCAAGAGGAUCUUGAGGAGAGACAUGAAGAAGAUGGUGACUAUGAUCUUGGUCUUGGUCUUGGUCUUGGUGUUGGCGGUGAGGAAGGAGAGGAAGAGGAGGAGUUUAACCAUCGUUGGCGACAGCGGACUUCAGAAGAUCCAACCUGGUCCCCGACAAAGCGGAACUCCGUCAGGAAGAAAAGCGGGCUGUCGUCGCCGCCGCCAUCGAGCAAUAACAGGAAAGAGCCAAGGUCGCCGACCUCUGACCCUCAGAGCAGGAAGCUCCACGUGCCGCCGCCGCCGGAGUCGACCAAUGGUACUUUUAUUAAUAAAGACCCCAAGGCGCCGCCCUUUGACCCCAUGAGCAGGCUCUCGGGCGGCCUGGCGAGCCACAAGAUGGUGAAGUACGCGCCCACGCCCAGGAAGCUGCAUCCCACUCGGGUGUGCCGCGUGUGCAAGGCUCGCGGGACGCGCCGUGAAACCACGUACUACUGCGCCUCGUGCAAGGUGCCGCUGCACCUCAAGAAGUGCUUCCUGGUGUACCACACCAAACAGCACUUUAGUUGAAUUCAGCACAAUUUUUAGGAUUCUUUCUUGCACACCUCCUUUUGCCAGGUGCGUAGGAGUGGAUCCACUGGGUCACCAACUUGUAUA